AUGUAUCAUAAAAAUGUUUUCUUCAAACUAUUUAAGCUUAGGAUACUUUCUGUCCUAAACGCAGUCAGCAAACAGAUUCAAUCUGGGUGUCCCGCUGCUGCUGUGACUGGAUUGAGAGGAUAUUCUGACACUGGUCCUAAACCCCACACAUCACUCUACCCAGUGGUCAGUGAGGGAACCUGGCUACAGAAGAACAACUACUCCCAGUUUGAUGGAUGGGAGCUGAGACAGCUUUUUUACAUUGCUGACGAUGGAGUACCAGAGCCAGAAAUUUGUAUAGAGAUCCUGAAGGGCUGCAGGAACCAGAACGACUACGCCCUGGCCACCCGCUUCCUGGAAGUCGCAAGGGUAGGAGUUUUAGGAUGCAUAUUUGUCUAGCA